AUGCAUUUCCAUCGUCGCCAUAAACACAAAAAAUCUAACAGCAGCAGUAGUAGUAGUAGCAGCAGCAGCAACAGUAGUAGUAGUAGCGACGACGAAUCACAUGCAGUUCCUGUUUAUAAAAACAAACCUUUAUCACCAACUCCACCUGUAAAAUCUCGAUCAUACCCACCUCAACCUCCAAAACAUCCCUAUGUUCGUCCACAACAUCCAUCUGUUGACGUCAGUUAUAAAGACAAAAUUCGUUCUACUUUUGGCCGUGAUAUAGGUCUUAUUACCAGCUAUUGCUCUGAUCUUGAUGAUAAUAUUCCGGGUGCUGAAAAAGAAGUUGGCUACAUUCCAGCUAAUAUUUCUGAGGUGAUAAUUCGCAAUGGGCACUUCAUCGAUUCGAUUGAAUUCGUUCCAUAUCAAAAAAGUCGAAGCUCAAUAUACAAAGUUGGGGGUAAUGGUGGAGAUGAGUAUCGUUUUCAAUUUGAAAAAGAUGAGCAUCUUGCUGGAUUUCACCUUCGCUCAUCAAAAGGUCGACUUUCAAGCUUACAGAUUUUGACUGAUCGUCGCCAAAGCCCUAUUUAUGGAAGAACUGAUUUGGAUGAAGAUGAAGAAUAUAAUUUAAUCCAUUUAGCGGGCUACCAGAUCGUUGGCAUGAGAGCUUUCGUGAAAGGCUGGAUCACCUCGUUUUCCAUCAUAUAUGCAUCAAACAAUGAACUGUUUAGAUCAAGGUUUACAGAAUAUGAGGUGCAACAAUACAUUUUAAGAAAUCCAGUCAUGCAUUCUUACAUGCGUGUUUUGGACGGUGUCGUCGCCGGAAACAGUUCUUCAUUUCAUGGUGAAUCAACAGGUUACCUUGAAAUGGCAAUAAUUCCUCCUAAUCUCAAGAGUGUCAACAUUCAAAGUGGCCUUUAUGUUGACGGGUUUGAGUUUAUCACUGGUGCUAAGGGUGAUGAUUAUGAGGAUCAAUCAUACUGGAUAAAAGCUGGUGGAUUUGGAGGACACUAUAACAGAUUUGAAUUGAUGGAUGGCGAAUAUAUUGUCGGAUUUGCUGGUAAAGUUGAUGACUUUUUGCAAAACAUCCAAAUCAUCACAAACUUUCGCAAAAGUCCAGUAUACGGCGAAUCUGAAGAUGGAGAUAGUUUUGAAAUCCGUGCUCCUUAUGGGCAGGAACUUGUUGGUAUCAAAACCUAUUACGACAGUUGGAUUAAUGCCAUUUCUCUUGUUUGUACAACCAAUACACAUUUAGCUCAGUCUCAGGGACAGGAACUAAUUCUUAAACAGCAAUCUGAUCUCAAUACUAUUCAACAUUCAUUUUAUUAUAACUGUGGUACUUUAACUGCCACCUGUUCCCCGUUCUAUGGAGAAAAAUCUGGCGAGUUACAAAUCUCAGCUAUUCCACCUUUCAUUCAUGGCGUCAAUAUUCGAAGUGGCCGUUAUGUUGAUGGAAUAGAAUUUAUUUUGCCUCAAGACUCUGGAGCUGCACAUAAUGGACCUUCGAGACCACGUAUUGGAGGCAUGGGUGGCCAUGAUAAUCAGUUUUUUUUGGAAGAAGGCGAAUAUAUUGUUGGCUUUCGUAUUAAAGUUGGUAAUCAUUUGAAUUUAUGUCAGCUUGUGACAAACCGCAGAACAGGCCCUCCGUGUGGAGAAGAUGAUAGUGGGAAAUGGCAUGAAGUUAUUACACCUCAGGGAACAAGACUUGUUGGUAUCAGAGGCCAUUUCGAUGAUUGGCUAAAAUCGCUUUCUAUUAUUUAUGUCCCAAAAGAUCAAAUUACUAUUAAUUAG